AUGGAGGGCCUGAUCAAAGGGCUGAUCGACGUCGCCCUCGGAGGAGGGGGCCACGGAGAAGCAGACGACAACCACCGCCAGCAGCACCGGCGGAAUGGGGGUCAAGAGGAAGGCGAAGGGGGAGGGCAGCGGGACGCGCACUCGAGGUCCUCUUGGGCAGAUGUGGUCUCCUCCGACGGGCAGGGGAACGAUUACCCCCGUCCCUCGCACCAGCACCAAUGGCAGGGGGAGAGCGGCGAUCAGAGGCCGAGCCCCUGGGGCAGAUCUGGUGAUUCCUCAGAGUGGAAGGGUGAGCCAGGCGGAGGAAGCGGCGACGGGGACUGGGAAAUCGCCGGCGGCGGCCGUAAGAAGCACCAGCAGCAGCCCCGACCCCACAGAAAGGUUUUAUCUUCCCAUCACGUCCUAUUUCCGGAAAGAUUUUUCAGCUCAUGUGAGCGGAUGACUAUUUUUCCUGAUUUUGAAAAGUCGUAAUUGAAUCUGUUGAGCUGGAGAUGAUGCCGAGGGAGAAAUAAGAUUCUGCUGCAUUUUUUUCAUUUUAAAAUUUCUCAAAUACAUGAUCUACACAGGAGGGAGGGAGAUAAAAGAGUUUGUGAUUUGAAUCGAAUCCCUCCGUUGUCACUUGGGGAGAUGGGAUUAUCCAUGCACAUUGGUUUCUCACAGCCUAGAUCAAAUGGAACCUCCCACCCCCAUGCAUGAUUUCCCGUAGCAAGGCCCGGGAUUCAGAAUUUUUCUCGUUACCAUUAUUGGCAGGUUCCCGCGGGCCAAUGGAGCGGAUACAGGGUGCCCGCAGGUGAGCAGGAGUAUUCACCGGAUGUUGAUGGUGGUGUCGAUGUAGAACCCACACAGGAGGAACUCGACGACCUGUCUAAGGCCUGUAGCAGGCUGUGGACGCUCGAUCUGAACGGUCUGACGCCCGGAAAGGAUUAUAAGAUUGACUGUGGAGAGGGGAAGAAGACGUACCAACAGGAAGACAUGGCGUCUGGAAGCCUGUUCAGCUGGGUGAGCGACGACGUCUUCAGACGACCUACUUACUCCCGUUUCUGUUCUCUGUUGGAUAACUACGAACCCAGUCAGGGCAGAAGGGAGGUCGUCACGCCUGAGGAGAAGCACGAGCAGGACGCCUUCAUAGAAGAAAUCAGCAGGACUGCUCCCAUAAAAUAUCUCUUCAAGUGUCUUUCUGGUAGGAGAGUGGUGUCCGGGGAUUUCGGAGAGUUCAAGGGGGCCUUGAAAGCUCUCUGGUUCGAUCUCUACGGCAGGGGCGGUGUAUCCGGCUCCUCAUCUGCCUUCGAGCACGUCUUCGUCGGUGAAAUCAAGGAGGUGGGAGAAGCCCAAGUGUCUGGAUUCCACAACUGGUUACAGGUCGAUCUCGAUGAAAUCCCCCACUUUCCCCUGCAUUAUUAUUUCCCUCUGUUUACUCUUUCUAUUUUUAGCAUGUCUUCUCAUGGGUAUUUACUCGGUUUUGAAGCACACCUCCUCUGUUCCUUCCCUUUUCAUGGAAAGUUUCGUAGACUGAUUGAUUACCUUGUCGAUUUAUUCGCUCGUUUGCUGAAGAUCUGACUGAACGCCGUCCAACUUCCCCUCAUCCCCCCGCAGUUUUACUUGGAAGAGGCCAAAGGGAGAGUGGACUACCGUGGUUAUAUUUUCCCUAGGAGGCGUGGUGAAUCUGUAAGUGCAACGCAUUUUUCCUUCAAGAUCCGACCCCCAAAUGCUUGGAGGAGUUCCAAAAUCUCUCUCUCUCUCUCUCUCUCUCUCUCUCUCUCUCUCUCUAUCUAUCUAUCUAUCUAUCUCUAGAUGUGUGCAUGGUGACGAUCAUGGAUUGGGCUUUUCUCUGUGUCCACAGCCGGACGAAGAAACCAAGCUGCUGACGAUCCAGUUCGAAUGGAACGGCGUCCUCAAGAGCGUCUCGAGCAGCUUGAUCGGGGUCAGCCCGGAGUUCGAGCUCGCGCUAUACACGCUGUGCUUUUACCUCGGCGGUGAGGACAACCGCGUCCGUCUUGGCCCCUACGCCGUCAACGUCAAGUGCUACCGCCACGGCGGCGGCCGACUCGGAUCCGCCUUCCCUAUCUCUGAGUGCUGA